AUGACGAUCUUCCUUCUCAUUAAAACAGAGAUAAGAGUGGUCGAGAAUUUGGAUCUCUUAAUCUCUCCGGAACAGGCUGGUUUCAUGAAAGGUAGAUCAAUUCACUCCCAGAUUCUAUUGGCUAAUGAGAUGAUUCAUGAAAUUGACAGGAAAGCUAGAGGAAACAAUAUUGCCAUUAAGCUUGAUAUGGCUAAAGCCUUUGAUCGUGUCUCAUGGUCUUUCUUAGAGGCAGUCCUACUUCGCUUUGGCUUCUCUCAACCUAUUGUUCGACUGCUCAUAGCGAACCUUUCGGCCACCAGACUGUCAGUUUGCGUUAAUGGUGCCAACUAUGGUUUCUUCGCACCUUCUAGGGGGGUCAAGCAAGGGGAUCCACUCUCUCCUUACCUAUUUAUAUUUUGGUAUCCUGAUAUGUUCUGCUUCGCGGUUUGA